CCAUUCUGGCUCAACAUUUCGCCCAAACUCUCCGUUGAGAGCGCCGCGGGCCUUCCGCCCCAUAGAGGAAGGGCCCGCGGCCCUCGCUCCGCCAGCCGCGGCGCCCUCUGCGCCACGGGCAUGGCGCCACAGCCGGGCAGGAUCCGGUACAGGAGCACCCGAGGUGGGGCCAGCGACCUCACCUUCGAGCAGGCCGUGUUCGAGGGGCUGGCUCCAGACGGGGGGCUCAUGAUCCCAGACGAGAUCCCUGACGUUUCCAAGAGCUACAAGGACUGGAGGUCUCUGAAGUUCGACGAGCUGGCCUACGAGAUCGCGUCGCUGUACUGCGGGGAGGACGAGAUCCCAGCGGCGGACCUGCGCGAGCUGAUGCGCAGGAGCUACGCGUCCUUCGAGCACGCCGACGUCGUGCCGACGGUGAAGCACGGCAACUUGCACAUCUCGAACUGUUCCACGGGCCAACUUUCGCGUUCAAGGACGUGGCGCUUCAGGCCCUCGGCAACCUCUACGAGUACUUCCUGA